CAUCAGAUCACAGAUGAGUGACGCUCAACAUCUCUCAGAUCUGAGGAUUGUGUUGAUGGGGUAUAGAGUUGCUGGUAAGAGUUCAUCAGGAAACACCAUCCUGGACAGAGAGGAGUUUGACUUGAAGAGAUCUGCUCAUUGUGUGAGGAGACAUGGAGAAGUAGCAGACAGACACAUCACUGUCAUUGAAGCUCCAGGAUGGAGGAUGAACCAAACUGUAGAGGAGAGUCCUGAGAUACUGAAACAGGAGAUUUUGCUCAGUGUGUCUCUGUGUCCUCCAGGACCACACGCUGUACUACUGAUCAUACGUGUGGACUCUAGAUUUAAAGAGAAUGAGAUAAAAGCAUUGCAGGGUCAUCUGGAUCUUCUCAGUGAGAGAGUCUGGAGUCACACUAUAGUUCUGUUCACUCAUGGAGACUCUCUGUUAGACACAUCUAUAGAGCAGCACAUUGAGAGUGAAGGACAGGAUCUCCAGCGGCUGCUGGACAAAUGUGGGAACAGGUAUCAUGUUCUCAACAAUCACAACAGGAGUGACGACACUCAGAUCAAGGAGCUACUGGAGAAGAUUGAGGAGACAGUGGCACAAAACAACGGCCGCCAUUUUGAAAUCAAUUCAUUCAGAUCACGAUUUGGAGCAGAAACAGUUCUCAGUUCAUCACGUUCCAGAGAUUCAUCUCUCACAAGUUAUGAGUGGGUCAUAAAACGAUAUAACAGCAAUGAAUGGCUACCACCAAACAUGAGUGGAGAUGAGCGAUUGGACAGAUGGUCUCGGGGAAGUUCUGGUUACGGUUCAUCCAGCUCACAAUCAUCGGACAGUGAUUCAGUUUUUAGCUCAUCAAGCUCAACAGUCUCAUCUUACAGCUCAGGAUUCAGGCUUUUGCGGUCCAUCCUGGAGUUUGUGGAAUAUUCAGGAACAAGACAAAGAGUUGGUGCAACUGAGAUCUCAAAAAAUUACCCUAGAAGCGUAAAGAAGCAUGAUAAACAUGAAGAAGACACUGAGAAAACUUGAAUUAUAUAAAAUGAAUGAAAGAGAAACUGCAAGAAAAUGCUGCUGUUCAUGAAUACCAGUAGUUGAGUUAUAAAAUAAUGACAUUGUGUUGUUGCCAGAAAUAGAGACAUCUGUGUCCCAAUGUGUGAGCCAAUGUCUUACUGUUCUUACAAGUGCCCAGAUUCAUGUACACCAUAUACUGAUUCACAAGCUCAGGAGUUAGGGAGCUGAGCUGACGAUACCAAAAUUUCAUGGCCAUGUCCUGUGUUGAGGAAACAUCAUCUUAAUGCGUAAACAAACCUGUGUGACUUCAGCAACAUGGGAUAGUCAUAAAGGGAGAUUAUUAAUUGUCACCAUUUCACCCUGUUUGGAUUCCUGUUUUGCACCAUUUCCCGCCACUAGUUUGUCACCAUAGUUACUGAUCACUUUCAUCAUCAUUAUCAGCUGUGUUUCAUUACCUACCUCGUUUGUCAGUGUAUUAAAGUCUUGUAUUCAGUU